AUGCUUCAAAAGAUUAAUGAUAAUCUUCAAGAUAACCGAGUACUGAUUGUGGCAGCUGCAAACUAUGGAAUGCGUGACCACGUAUACAACUGGAUUGAAUCUCUCAAACGUACUAAUGAAGAAAAAUUUCUCAUUCUCUGUCUGGACGAUAAACUAUUCACUCACCUCGUGGAAACUGGAUACGAACAACAUGCCGCAACUAUACCCGAUACUUGGCUUCACCAAAAAAUUGAAGCUGGAUUUGAAGAAUAUUAUACUCAAAAAUACCGUAUUAUCACUCACGCUAAGACUUUAGUGGUACAACAAUUACUUUAUCUUGAUAUCAAUGUACUCUUCUCUGAUGUGGAUAUUAUUUGGCUGAAACCUCGUAUACGUGAACAAUUGUAUAUGUACCUGGAUAUGCGUGCUGAAACUCACGUGGUAUUUCAACAAGAAGGCUCAGAUCAAAAGAAUAUCAAUUCUGGCUUUUACAUCAUGCGCCCCUCCGAAAAAAUGAAACGAUUAUUAGCAGCUACUAUUUAUUUUGGUGAUCAAAAUUCUCAAUUGACUCAGCAAGGUGCUCUUAACAUGGCUUUAGGUUAUUUGGAUUUACGACUUACAACUUCUGAUGUUAUUCUUUUGGAUGUACUUCAAUGGCCUAAUGGUUGGAUUUACUUUUCUACUCAUAUGACUAAAAAUUUGGGUAUUGAUCCUUAUAUUGUUCAUGCGAAUUAUUUGGUCGGUGAAGACAAGAAAAACAAGUUAAAAGAAGACAACUUUUGGUAUGUGGAUGAUGCUUGGUUACAAUCUGUAGAUGACAAAAUAGAAUCCUCUUCGUUACCAACCAAUGAUACCGCAUCGCAAAAAUGA